AUCGUGGUCUACCGCCCAGAGCGUGUUUCUGUUAAGAUAAUAACCCGAACUAGCGGUAUUAUUUAUUGUUUGUUUGUGUUUUCAGAUUUUAAAGAAAAAAAAAAACUCUUCCAAGACUUGACAAUUUUUAUUUUCCAACGUCCCUUACAAUGAAAGUCCUUUUUAAAUAAAAAAAGGAACUUUUUCUUCUCUUUCAUUACGAUUCACCAUAAAAAUUGUUCUCAAGAUUUGUAAUUUAAGAUAUGGUUUAUUCCUUGCCACAAUUCUUGUUUCACGCUACAAGUAAUAAAGCUGACUGCCCUUUUAACGGUGACGGGUGUUUAAUAUUAUAACAAGUUAAAGCCAGUGUACAAGGCAAGGAUAUCAAGGAUAUUCUUACGGUUUUGUUUCGUUGCGUUUUAUCAAAACCGAACUGUCAUUGUUUUGUUUACCAUUGAUUGAUGAGUUUGACAGAUUUUUUAAAGAACGAAACAAAUUGUGCGUUUUUUUUCGCGUUUGACGUUUAAUUCUUUUGGUGUUUUACUUUAAAUUUCCCUUAAAUUGUUGUAGAUUAUAUUGUUGAAAAGUGAAGGCCUUAAUGUCUGGAAAAAAAGUGCAUACUUAAGUUUAGAAGUAAAUUUUACAUAAAAAAGAUUUAAAUUUCAAAACCAAAAAAUUGUUUGUAACGAACACUAAAAAACAACUGCGAUAACAAAAACUAAUGAAUGGUGGUAAUAUUUAUAUUGGGGAAGUGUAAUAAAAAGGGAAUCGUAAAAAUGAAUCAAAUGUGACAAUUUUAUAUUUUUGUAUGCUGACCAAUAAAAAAAAUCAAAACAUAUUAACACAUACUUAAUUAUACAUAUUAAAAAAACAAAUAUCAAAGAAAAAUCGUACCUGUGUGCAGAAAUAUCAACUUUUUUUUGGUGAUAUUACAGCCAAAUUUUUGUACUUCUGAAUAAAAAAAAAAAAACAAAAACAUUUAAACAUAUACUUAAGCUGAAUUCGUGUGUUUUAUUUUUGUUGCAAAUAUAAUGCAACAUCAUCCAGGAUCAUGGUAUCUUCCGUGGGGCGUUCCUUUACAAAAAAUGCUCGCAGUACCAUUUCAACAUCCAGCUGCUGUUGCCUACGCUUCUCCACAAUCCCCCACAGCAGCAGCAGUCCCUUGUCCUGUGGCACAAAGCCAGCACUGCCCAAAUUCUCCACAAGCUCCAAAUCAAAGCUACCCGCCUCAUCAAAUCCAUGCAGCAGUUGCUCUCCAUCGCAACUCGAAUGCAGCCUUACACCCUUCAGCAGCAGCGGCUGCUGCUGUUGCUCGACAUCAACAUCCACAUCCACAUUCGCAUCACCCACAAAAUAUGCAUCCUGCUGCAGCAGCUGCUCUUUUCACACCAAUGUCGCUGGGAACAUUUCUUGCGUCAUCCUCGCCACAUCUAGCCGGACUGGCAGCAGCACAGCAAACGCUUACACCUUGCGGAACUGUUCACCAGCAGAACCAUCUUAUCAAAGCCAAUCCAUCAAAUCAAAAUCAAUCACAAUUGGCGGCGGCAAUGAAUUUGAAUGUCGGCGUAAUAACAAUGCGGCAAUCUAACACUCCCACUGCUGCCGUGUUGCCAGUAGCAAUGAAAAAGAUAAUAACUCAAUGUGACAAGGAGAAACUAAGAUUACCAAAUCCAGAAAAGAGAAAAGCGGAUGAAAACGACCAAGUUAAAGACUUGAAAAAGGCAAAACUUGAAACAAAGGCACUGAAGGCUAAAAGACCAGGAUUCACGGACGAACGCUAUCACGAGACAUCAUAUUUCAUUGAAAAUGGUCUUCGAAAGGUAUAUCCGUAUUACUUUACUUUUACCACAUUCACCAAAGGCAGAUGGGUUGGCGAAAAAAUACUUGACGUAUUCGCUAGAGAAUUUAGAGCUCAUCCCGCCGAAGAAUAUGAACGUUGUAUUAAUGCUGGUACCUUGACAGUUAACUAUGAUAAAGUGCCAAUUGAUUAUAGAUUAAAACAUAAUGACUUGCUGGCAAAUAUUGUUCAUAGACAUGAAGUUCCCGUCACUAGUCAACCAAUCACAAUAGUACACAUGGACGAAGAUAUUGUGGUUGUGAAUAAGCCGGCAUCAAUACCUGUUCAUCCAUGUGGAAGAUAUAGACACAACACCGUUGUUUUCAUACUAGCAAAAGAAUAUAAUUUAAAGAAUCUAAGGACAAUUCAUAGAUUAGAUCGGCUUACCUCUGGUCUUCUAUUAUUCGGAAGAAGUCCGAAGAAAGCCAGACAAAUGGAACAUCAAAUACGUAACCGGCAAGUACAAAAGGAAUACAUCUGUCGAGUAGAAGGCGAAUUUCCUGAAGGAGUUAUUGAAUGCAAAGAACCAAUUGAAGUUGUUAGUUAUAAAAUUGGUGUAUGCAAAGUAUCGCCAAAGGGUAAAGAUUGUACUACAACUUUUCAGAAGAUCGCUCAUAAUGGAAAAACAAGUGUUGUCCUCUGCAAACCUUUAACUGGAAGAAUGCAUCAAAUUCGAGUACAUCUGCAAUAUCUCGGAUAUCCUGUCGUUAACGACCCUCUUUAUAACCAUGAGGUAUUUGGACCCUUAAAAGGUCGUGGUGGUGACAUAGGAGGAAAAACUGAUGAGCAAUUGGUUAGAGAUCUUAUUAAUAUCCAUAAUGCAGAGAACUGGCUAGGCAUUGAUGGUGACUCUGAACUAUCAUUAUUUAAAUCAAUCAAAGCAGACGGCGAUGUAGAUAUAUUAUCUGGUGGAUCAAAAGGUAUUUUGAUGAGUGAUGAUGAUUCAGAAAUUGUGUCUCGAGAAACAUCGCCUUGCUCAGAAAGUCCAAGACCGGUUGUAGCAGAAGUUGAAAGCAUUAAUGACAAUACAACAAUAAAUAUUUCCAGUAACAUACAUGUUACCACAACAACCAAUGAUGACAUUGCAGUCGAAUCGCAAGAAAAGGUGACAGUUGCAACUCAAACAGGACAUGAAUGCCCUGAUAUGGCAUUUAAUGCUGAAAAAAUGACUACAGACAAACAUUGUUAUGAAUGUAAGGUACGCUAUAGGGACCCUAAACCGAAGGAUUUAGUGAUGUAUCUGCACGCUUGGAAAUACAAAGGUCCCGGUUGGGAAUAUGAAACGGAAUUACCCGAAUGGGCGGGACUCAACUGGGAGGAAGCAACAUUCGAAUAAAAAACACACAAUCAGAUGUAAAUUCUAAAAACAUGUGCAUUUUAGUAUUUAAAGAAAAGUUUACUCGCACAAGAUGGCUGGAUUUUUUAUACAAUGUAUAUCAAUUCUUAAAAUAAUAUUACCACACAUUUUAUGUUCUUUCUAUUUAAUUUUCAAUUUAUAAAACAAAAAAAACGUAUGCACACAUGCAAGUUAAAUAUUUUUCUUUGUAUACAAGCAUUAUUUAGUGUUUUAAAAUGUAAAAUAAUAAAACAAAUAUAAAAAAUAACAAAAAUGUAAUUGCAUAUCAGUAAAAAAGAAUUUUCGUUAAAUUUUGUUUCUUUUCUUGUAAAAGAUAUCAAGAAAUUAUAUAUGUAUAUAAUAAUGAUUACUUAUUUAAAACAAAAUUCUAGAGCUCCUUGUUGUUUACGUUUUGCACCUUGCCCAUAUAAACCACCGAACCAAUUUAAAUAUUUGAAAUAUUAAUUCCAACUAAAGAAUAUACAUACAUAAUAUUAAUUAUGAUUUAAUUAGCUUCCUUUAAAAAGACCAAUUAUUGAUAUUGUUAAUUAAUAUUAAAUUUUUUAAAGCAUACAUUUUGUUUAAAUCUAUACAUACAUACAUAAAUAAUUAAUUUUGUUUAAGUUGUUAAAUGUCGCAUAGAAGUAUUUGUUGUUAGCUUUGGUUUGAUUUAGAAACAAUGAGCAAUAAACAAAAUUUAAAGUGUAGAAUUAUUUUGUGUGCCUUUCGGAACUGUUAUUGAAUGACUUAUUUAUUGAAUUUGUUAAAUAAACCAAAUCAAUUGAUGAUACAAAACAAUACAUGCUGCAUACAAUAAAAAGCAUUUUCUUAGAAUUUGAAAAAAA